GCCACUCGCCCUCGUUUCUUCGGGCUCACUCUGGUUUCCCUUUGGUCUUUCUCCGGCCCGCUCGUGUCAAAAUGCAAUCAUCAGAUGCCGAGCCAAUCGUGCGUAUACGCGAUCUCAAGAAGAACUCGGUCAAUUUCGUUCUCGAGAAUGUGGACCUCUCGUUCGCGAAUUCCUUUCGGAGAGUGAUGAUUGCGGACAUUCCCACAGUGGCUAUUGACAUGGUGGAGAUCGAGACAAACACAACCGUGCUGCCGGAUGAGUUUAUAGCUCACCGACUUGGUAUGAUCCCUUUGGUCAGCACAAUGUGCGACGAGGCUAUGAGGUACACACGAGACUGCACGUGCGAAGUCCGGUGCCAAUACUGCGCGAUCGAACUGCAGCUCAAUGUUGCGUGCCAUGAAGCAAACACAACCAUGCACAUCACAAGCAAUAUGCUGGAAGUCGUCCCGACCAAUAAGCCAGGAUCGUACGGCUCCUACGACACGGAUGAUGGAGGCGAGGAGCUUGCGAAGCGGGUGGAAAACUUUGGGCACCCCAUAGGCAAAGACGACCCGGAUGUACCCCCAAUCCUCAUCUGCAAGAUUCGUAUGGGCCAGGAGUUAAGGGUGCGGUGUAUAGCGAAGAAGGGCAUCGCAAAAGAGCACGCAAAGUGGUCGCCAUGCUCAGCUGUCGCGUUCGAGUACGACCCACACAACAAGCUGCGGCACACGUCCUACUGGUACGAGUACGACGCGCGCGCCGAGUGGCCACUGAGCGAGAACGCGAAGGAGGAGGACCCGCCGCGCGACGACGUGCCAUUUGAUUACAACGCGAAGCCUACUAAAUUCUACAUGGAGGUCGAGACGGACGGAAGUCUAGGGGCACAGGAAGUCGUGCACAAGGGCCUCCAAGAGCUCCAAACAAAACUCGCGAACCUAAUCCUCGGCUUGAAGCCAGAGCCACCAGAGAACGACGCGUUCCAAAGUGGCGCUGGUGCCGGUGGUGGCGCGCUCGUCGGCCAACCAAACGGCGCGCACGACUCAUCCCAGCUUGGAGGCUGGGGCAUGCCUCCGCCGAUGGCUUCCGGAGGGUCAGCCUGGAGCCCCCCGCGAGCAGCUGGAGGCGCCGCCGGAGGAGCAUGGGGAAGCAGCCCGGCGCGGACCGGAGGUGGAGGCGGGGGAGGAUGGGGAAGUCCUGCCGCUGCACCGUGGGGUGCGCCGGCUGGGGGGAGCGCAGCUUCUGGCUCGUCUGGCGGCUGGGGCAGCCCUGCGGCCCAAGGCUGGGGCUCGCCUACGCAGCAGACGAACGGUUGGAACGUUGGCUAGUCGAUGCGGCUUUGUAUUCUGUAUUCUAGAUGUGACUUCCUAUCGUUUUCGAUCUGACUUUCCUUCACAUCAC